AUGGCAAGCAGGGUUGCAGUUCGGAUCUGGGCUCUGGCCCUCCUCUCAGUGUCUUCAGCUGCUCAGGCACAGAAAGGUUUCUGGGACUACUUCAGUCAGAGCAGUGGGGACAAAGGCAGGGUGGAGGAGAUCCAGCAGCACAAGCUGGCACAGGAGCCCAUGAGUCUGAAACGCAGCCUCAACAAUAUGGACAAGUUUCUGGAAAAGCUAGGCCCUCUGAAUGGUCAGGGAUUAGAGUCUCCUUCGCUGCCACUGGAUCCAGUGGGCAUGCGACAGCAGUUGCAGGAGGAGCUGGAGGAGGUGAGGGCACGCCUGGCGCCAUACAUGGCCGAGACACACGAGCGCGUGGGCUGGAAUCUGGAGGGGCUACGGCGUCAGCUGAAGCCCUACACAGUGGAGCUGAUGGAGCAGGUGGCCCUGCGAGUCCAGGAACUGCAGGAGCAGUUGCGCGUGGUGGGGGAGGACACCAAGGCCCAGCUGCUGGGGGGCGUGGAGGAGGCACGAAGCAUGCUACUGGAACUGCCGAGCCGCGUGGCGCACCAUACCGACCGUGUUAAGGCUCUCUUCCACCCGUACGCAGAGCGCCUGGUGACUGGCAUCGGGCGCCACGUGCAGGAGCUGCACCGCAGCGUGGCGCCCCACGCCCCCGCCAGCCCCGCGCGCCUCAGCCGCUGCGUGCAAAUUCUCUCGCGCAAGCUCACGCUCAAGGCCAAAGCGCUGCACGCGAGCAUUCAGCAGAACCUGGACCAGCUGCGCGAUGAGCUCAGCGCCUUUGCCGGCGUUGGCACUGGUGCGGCUGAGCAGGGUGCAGGCCCCGACCCCCAGGUGCUCUCUGAAGAGGUACGUCAGCGGCUCCAGGCUUUCCGUCGCGACACCUUCCUGCAGAUAGCCGCCUUCACCCAAGCCAUUGACCGGGAGACGGAGGAGAUCCAGCAGCAGCUGGCGCCACCCCCUCCAGGCCACAGUGCCUUCGCUCCUGAAUUCCUCCAAACCGACAGCCGCAAGGCCCUGAGCAAGCUCCAAGCUCGUCUGGACGAUCUGUGGGAAGACAUCAAUCACAGUCUUCAGGACCAGGGCCCUAGCCAUCUUGGGGAGUCCUGA